CCAAAAUCAAAUUAUCUAAAUUCGAGAAAUAAAUUAUAUACUAAUCUUGGAUUCGCAUUUUUAUUCAUGGAAAAUUUCUGCUGCACCAUUGAAACUGAGCCCCGCACAUUAAAUCAAGGUCAACUCAAUGAUGCAAGGGAAAUGGCUGCUGAAAUUUUAAAUAGUAAGGAAGCUGGUGAACAAGCCUCACGCAUAAUCAUCGAGAUGCAGGUAGUUAAGUCAAUCAAGGCAACGGUGGCCGAGGAGGUUUCCGGUGGAAAUCCACCACAAAAGGCGGCGGGAUUAUUGGGUAAGAGGGAAAAGAUUGAAAGUGAUCACGUGUUGGUGGUGACAAAUUGUCAAUGUACAUCUUCAGCACUCACGAUGGAGUCCACUACUUCUGAGGACUCUCGGAUUAAGGAGCCUUUAUCUGCCCCAUUUUGAGUCUUAAAUAUGAUUUUAUGCUAAUGUUUAAGUGUGCUUAACUGUCCCAAAUUCAAGAUAAUUAAGGUGGAUGGUGAAUCAUGAUUGUUAGAAAUCAGACAUUCUUUUUUUCAAUAA